ACUCACAUACAAAAAAAAUUCAAUUCAAUUCAAUUCUUCUACUUUACUUUAUUUCAUUCAAUCACAAAUUAACAAAAUGACGCACAAUCUUGAUCCUUGUCAUCCUCUCUCAUUUGUCGCUCUUAAAUCCCUUGUACGCUAUAAAACACCAAAACCCAACCACCCUACACACUCACAUACAAAACAAUUCAAUUCAAUUCUUCUACUUUACUUUAUUUCAUUCAAUCACAAAUUAAAAAAACAAAAACUUGUUGUUUUUCAGUGAAAAAACAAGUAAUGGCAGGUAGAGGAAAAACCUUAGGUUCAGAUGCGGCUAAGAAAUCUCAAUCACGUAGUAGCAAAGCGGGUCUUCAAUUCCCUGUUAAUCGUAUCACCCGUUUUCUGAAAGCGGGUAAAUAUGCUCAACGGGUCGGAGCUGGAGCUCCGAUUUACCUUGCUGCUGUUCUUGAAUACUUUGCUGUUGAGGUACUUGAAUUUGCUGGAAAUGCGGCUAGGGAUAACAAGAAGACUAGGGUUGUUCCGAGGCAUAUUCAAUUGGCUGUGAGGAACGAUGAGGAACUGAGCCAGUUGCUUGGUGAUGUUACGAUUGCUAAUGGUGGUGUUAUGCCAAACAUUCACAGCCUUUUGCAUCCAAAGAAGGCUGGUAGCUCCUCGAAACUAGUUGCUGAUGAGGAUUAAAUGGACGAUCUUGCGUUAGAUUGUUUGGCUUUAUUAGUUUAGUUAAAUUAGGUUAUGCAAUUAAGUAGUGUCGACAUCACUGUUAUUUCCCUUAGUUUUUAUUAGUUGUUAAAAAGUCCAUGUUUAUUGAGAAUACAAAUCAGUGAACCAAUGAAACAAACACUGUUUUUAUUUUUCCAGUUAUGUCCAGUUUAGUGUCUCCUUGUAUUGAUAGAACCCUUUAUUAAGGAGAAGUUUAACCAAUGAAGUUGGUCUUUAUAUAGAAA